AUGACGAUCACGUGCAGUGACGGGACGGACCAAAUCACCAGCAGUUACAAGGUGGACAUUUCGGACGCGGUCCCCGUUCUAACCAAUUUUGCCGGUACUUCCGGUCCGCUAGUAGACCUAUCGCCAGUGGGCACUUCCGUUCACCAGUUCACCGUCACCGACCAGGAUGACGCCAUUUCCUGUUCCAUCAACGCGCCGGAGAGCGCAAAGUUUGGCAUUACUAAGGUGGACACCGCUACGGGAGCUCAAAGGUUCGACGUCAAGACGAUUGCCACGCUUGAUUACGACUCUGCUACGAGUUACACGAUCACCGGCACGUGCACUGACGCUAUCAACACUUCGACGCCAUCAAGGACCAUCAAUAUAGCCGAUGACAAACCCGUUUUCUCCGGACUUCCGGCUACGUUGUCGCCGGCACGUAACGACGGAUUGCAGACGGCCACGUCACUUCGCACGUUCAUCGUCACGGACGCCAACGACCAGAGUAUCAUCACUUGCUCGAUACAGGCGCCGAUGGACAGCUUCUUCAACCUGGUUCCCGGCACGGCGCCGACAUUUGCGAACUGGGUCAAAGCCGGCGUGACGUUGGACGCUGCGUCAUCACCUCUCCUCCCUCCGACGUUCGUUUCGGGAAUUCCCGGAACACCUCCGUCUAUUUCCGACUCGACCGUCAUCGCGACGUCACUUGGUGUAUUCACCGUUACUGACCCCGACACGACGUGCAAGUUCCAAGUGUGGAUCAGUGCCGCCGUUACUCAAUCGUCUAUAGACUUCAAUGACCAGGCGGUUCCGUUGCGGUUGACGAUCACGUCCGCCGGUGAUAUCAGCACUUCCGGCGAGCGGACGGCUAUCAACGACGGUCUUCAGACGACCGCCGCAAUUCUCCACACGUUCAGCGUGACAGACAGCGAUGACGCCGUAACGUGCUCCGUGAGGCCGCCGACUUUUGUCUCCGGCAUGCCCGGAAGUUCCGCGAGCAUCUAUGACGCCACUGUCACACAGACGUUGCUCGGGAAAUUCACAACUUCAGACCCUGAUACAACGAGAAAAUUGACGUCACCGGCGAAUCCUCAACAACCUGAGAUUGAAGUGUGGAUCAAAAGCACCGUAACUCAAGCGUCUAUCGACUUCAACGACCAGACCGUUCCGUUGCCGUUAACGAUAAAAUGUACUGACGGAUACGUCGCGAAUGAUAUCACGGGAACGUUUAACGUCAAUAUUGUCGACGAGCCCCCAGUGAUUACCUUACUACCCUCUACCGGAAGUUCCAUCAACGAUGGUAUGCAGGCAGCCGCGGCGAUCACCCAUACGUUCAGCGGCGACCAUCCAUACGUUUAA